AUGGCCAACGCCGAAGAACUCGUUAACGACUACGAGUCGCAUAUCCAAAAGGUUUGGUGGACGGUUAACAAAGAAGGAAAGACAGUUGGGAUAGACGACAACAUACCCCGGAAUCUCCCGGUCCAAUAUCAUGAACCAAACACACCCUGCGCCACCGAUAUCAUCACCGUUCCGUCCUCCCAAUGCACCGCGUCGAGACAUUCCGAAGAACUUAACCUGGUAGGGGAAGUAGACGGCUCGGACGCGGGCCAAAAUGUGGGACCAGUAUCAGUCCCCUCUUCGUUUCGAAAGCUGAUAGGCGACAUUUCUGAAUCCAUGGAUAAAGCGCUUCUAGAGAAAAACAAAAAAUACAUCCAAGACCACCCCAGCGAGGCAGGCCCCAUCGUAUCGUACCCCCGACACUGUGUAGAACACAAAUUCAAUGAUCCCCGGGUACGAGACUCCUACUUAAAGAGACGAAAACUCGAAAUCAAAGCCUCGCGACGAGAAGAUCGACCGUAUAAAAAUCCUCCCGUUCUGCUUGACCCUCCGUCUGACGACGAAACGGAUGUAAACCUACUCCAGAAGGUGAUGGAAAACUGGAACGACAAUGAACGCGCCUCAGAAAUCGACUCAUACGAGACAGAGGGGGAGGAGUCCGAUGACUCAUUCAGGACGAAUGAGUCUUAA